AUGCCUUCCUUCACUCUGGAGAAGGGUGUGGAUUUUAGCUACACGGACAGUGGAGUACCCCAGGACAAACAGACGGACUAUGUGACGCUCAUUCUCUUACACGGGAUCAUGUUUCACAACGGCAAGGCCAUUGCUUAUGCCUGUAGAGCUGAUCAGAUUCAUCUUCCGCCAGGGACAUUUGCGUCGCUUGCGGAGAUCGGCCCUUCGAACGGCGUCCGCGUCAUCGCCGUGAAUCGCCGUGGAUACCCGGGAACGACUCCCUACUCGGCGGAAGAGAUGAGUUUGUUCGUCAACGGGCACGAGGAGGAUAAGGAGCGGCUGCUGGCGGAAAUGGGGCGGGAUUUGGCCCUGCUGAUCGCUGGAUUAAUCGCCUCGCUCUCUCUACCGCCUCGUGUUGCGGUGGUGGGAUGGUCGCUCGGAUGUCUGCAAGUUCUGUCGAUUGUGGCAUCCGUAGAAAAUCUACCAGAUGAGGCACGUCGGACUCUUCGCCGCUCUGUUCGCAGCAUGAUUCUGUUCCAGGGGCCGACCAUGGUGUUCGCCAUUCCGCAUCCGGAAGGACUGCACGUCCCCCACAGCGAUCCCAAUAUUCCCCCCGACGAAUUGUCAACAUUCUUCGCGCGUUGGGUCUCCAGCUUCUUCAUACACGGCGACCUCUCGGCGCAUGAUUCAAGCGCGCUGACGUACGACCGCACGGACCCUCACCGCCCACCUACAACUGCCCGUGUCUCCAUGGAGCAUCUCAUUGAUUUCACCGCGAGCUCCAAAUACGAUGAUGCGCUCAUCUCGCCGGGUUUUGGUGGCGUUACCGCGAAGUUGGUGGACAAGACCUUGUUUGACGCGCACGUGCGCGGCGAGCUGUGGAAGGACACCCAGUUUUUCGUGGUGGCUGGUUCUGCUGACUCGUGGCCGGCGAUUUACGCCUCUUGGAAGCUGGAGGGGCGAAUGCUUGCCGAGGCGAAGCCAGAAUGCUCGAUCACAUUCAAGAUGCUCGAAGGCGCCAACCAUUUUGUAGGUCAUCCAUAUUCUUUGUGCUCCGACGCGACAGUUCUCACCAGCAUGCAGUUCAUGAUCGAGGAUCCACAGGGUACAAUAGACUGCUUCAAGCGAUGUUGCGUGUAG